UUGCUCGCUCAUAGGUGCCCGUCAAUAUGGACAAAGAUUUUCCCAUACUGUUUAACGGACAAAAAUAUAACAUAAACAAUUUUUUACGCGACCACCCGGGCGGUGUGAACACCUUAAAAAAGUAUAAAGGCAAAUCUAUAUUGCAAGCGAUGGACUCUUUUGGACACAGCACUAGUGCGUAUCAUAUGUUAAACGAUUUCAAAAUUCAUGGUGACUUUAAUGAUGCGAACUUGACGGGAAAAGUGAGUGCUAACGGUAGAGUCAUUACUAACGAGGAAACCCAUAAAAGUGCGAAGGAGAUCGCCUUCUUGGAGGAAUUGGAGGCACGGUUAGACUGGUCAAAACCUCUACUCAGCCAGUUACACCUCAUAGCGCCACACUACGAGUUAUGGGUAAACAGUGCAGUGUACAGAAGAUGCAGGCUGUUCGCGAGCCCACUGCUGGAGAGCAUGACCUUCACGCCGUGGUAUCUGGUGCCCAUAUUCUGGAUACCCGUCAUACUGUACCUGGGGAUCUCACAGUUUCUGCAGCACGUAGCUUGCGGUGAGCUAUGCACAAAUGAAUCAAUGUCGUUACUACAGUUUGGCGGGCACCUCGUCUUUGGUCUGGUUGCGUGGACGAUCCUGGAGUACUCGCUGCAUCGCUGGGUUUUCCACCUUGAUCCAGGGUCUUCUUUAAAAAUGAUCACAGUACACUUCCUCAUCCACGGAUUGCAUCACAAGAUGCCGUUUGAUGGUCUCCGACAGGUGUUUCCCCCGAUACCAGCUCUGGUUCUGGCCAGCGUCAUCUACGUGCCAUUCUGGCUCAUCACGGCACACCCCCUCAUUAAGAUGGCAGGUGGACUCACUGGUUACCUUGCUUACGACAUGAUUCACUAUUACGUGCACCACGGAUCCCCUUGCGACGGCUCCUAUCUGUAUACUAUGAAGAGGUACCAUUCCAACCAUCACUUCGUUAACCAUGACAAAGCUUUCGGAAUCAGUAGCAAAAUAUGGGACCACAUAUUCAAAACAUACGUUCAUAUUAGAAAAUUGGGAUUUAGUUUACAUUGGUCUUCUUAGUUUAUUAUAAUUUUCGACUUAUUUAAGUAUUUUAAAUAGUAAUCAUAGAAAUGUAUCUUAACUUAAUCUGAAUGUGCCUGCGAUCGUCAUAGUCUGGUAGGACGAUACAGUAAAUAAUAUUAAGAACUUAGUUAUUGAAUAAAGAUAUUGGAAGAAGGUACAAAAACUAUGCCUUUGUAUAUAAAACAUGUUAAAUUAUUUUUAAAUCUAAAGAUUUUACUAGAAUAAAAUUCACUCGGUCCAGUGAUGUGAUGAACCUGCACUUUCUGGCUAAAUUUUCUUUAGAUUUAUACAUCUGGCUGUUUAAUGCAUUUAAAACUACUUAAUAAACUUAGUCUUCAUUACCACAAAAACGAAAGACAUGCGUUCAACACGAGUUUAAGAAAAAAAGUCAUACAAGGUUUGCCUAAACAAGGUUUGAAACCGUGUCUAAUUUUUUUGGGCCACACGCCACAGCCACAAACGCCGCCACGAGAAACUAGAAGCGGCUACUAAAGUGGCUCAAGCGCGCGACAGCGGCCGACUAAAAGCGCCUACUGACAUGCCUGCCGCAGGGACAAUCUAGGGUGUAAGAGUGGGGAUGACCCUGAAUUGCCUCCUGAAUUGUGGUGUUUGUAGGCAAGUUGGUGCAAUUUUCUAAAUAGGGCCUACGGCAGGGCGGCAGGAGCGCCCGCCCUGCACGUAGCGCGAUUGGGCCAAUUUCUCAAUCAGUCGGUUAGUAGCUGUCACACGCAGCGCACGUAUUUCGAUCAAGAUGGCGGCAGAUCAUAAUGAGCAAGAAGUUUGGACACGAGUGAUCGAAGUAUAUAAAGACCGGCCCCACAUGUGGGAUAAAAAAAACGAACAUUAUUUUAACCGUGACAUGAGACAGCAAACCAUUGGACUAAUGUUUGAAAUAUAUAGCGCACUUGAUAAGAACGUCGAUCGGGGUGGGGAAUCGCGCGAGUGAUGUGUGGCGGCGUUUUGUACCGGCGCAUUAAGUGGCCGGUGCGGGCCACAAGAAGCGAGCAACGACGAUUUGUAGCGUGUGACGGCCACCGACGUAUCGUAUGUGGCGAGUCCAUAUAAAAUGUAUGAAAACUACAAGAAAUAUGCCGGUGGCGGCGUUUUGUGGUUGUGGUCGGUGGCCCGUGUGCGGCGACACUUAGUCACGUUUAAUAAGCUCUCAUAUUCAUCUUUUCUGGCUAAAUUUGUUGCGGGUUUUUCUCUUUCACUACGAUAAUGCCACCGAAUACUGAGACCUUCUCAAAUGUAAAUAAAAUGUUAAUUUGAUUAUUCUUACUGAAAUCUACUAGCCAGUCUCAACAUGAGAAAGUUAUAACUCAAAAAUGUUCAUAUAUUACAUAUUUGUCCCUCAACUCUUUGACAUUUUAUAUCAAUCUUCAAUAUAAUGUAAGUAGUUUUUUUUUGUUGGGUCCAUUUUAGUUUAAAUUACAAAUUAAUUUAGUUAAAAAUACGACUGUCAGAGAGUGGACACUAUGCAUGACUUCCGUUAAUUACUUAUUUUUUUUUAUUGUGAGAUCACUAAUUAUAGUGCAAUGAAUUAGCAACACUGGUAAAUCGUUGCCUACGUAAUAACGACAGUCACUGACAUGAAUUUGCAUAACGUUAACGUAGAGGAAAAUCUGUUAAGUUAAUUUCAACGGUUUUAUUUUAUUGCUUGAGUAGAAGUCUCACAAGGCUCACGAGCAAUGCCGUCUUUGACCUAUUGGAGGCCCUGGGCAUAUCAGGAUAAUGGGGCUCCUGUGAC